GGGAAUUUUAACAGUUUUGGUUUUGUUUCCUAUUUCUAUUACGAGAGAAUUUUUCUUGUAUAUUAUAUUGAUCAAUGCCGUGAAUAUUGAUGGCUGUUUCUAUUGAAAAUCAUAGACAGUUAAGAAAAAGACCAGAACGUACAAAACUGAACUAUUUCAGAAAACGGGCAGUUGAAGGAAAGCAAGAUGUCGGAAAUACUGCAAGCAGUCUGCAAGAAUCUUUGGGUUGCAGAAACAUUUCACAUCGACAAGAUGCUGCCGCAAUAAGUCGUAUACUAGAACAAAGUAAUUCUACUGUGACAAGUUUCUCAAACAGGAGAAACAAAGAUUCAAAAAUAAAAAAAAACAAUAGUAGUCGACAAAAGGAAAGGAAUGGUGUAACAACUAAACUGAAAAAAGUUGAUUCUGAUGCCUCUAUGUUACCGAGUAAGGCUCACAAAACUCCUAUUGACUCUGGCGCACCCAUUGAAUGUCAGCGAAAAUCUAAACGGUUGAAAAAAAUUUCCCUUAAGGAACUUAUUCAACAAGAAAAGUCCAAAUGCACAUCAGCAAUGGGGCAAGCCAUACCAGAAGAUACAAUAUUUAAAGAAAAAAAUGCCGAUGGGGACUUUCCAUCUAAAAGACAAGAUACUGUAAGGUCUGAAUACCACUUCGAUGAUAACAUGGAAAAUAGACCACCUGUUCUACAUCAAACCAUGUGCAAACGGGAUCCUAAAAUUAAAGAGACUACUAUUAGGAAAGAUGUCAGUGACGAUGUGGGUAAAGCUCCAGAAGAUAAUUUGGUCGAGUUUGAGCGUUUUCUACAACCAUCAUGUUCUAAUAGGACAGCUUCAAGAAAGGAUUACAGAAAUCCUACACCAACUGUUCAAGAUUGGUUGAAUUGUGAGAACAAUUCACAACAUGAAGAUGCCAUCUUGGUAAAUCAUUUAUCUGGGAACAGCAAUUGCGGGUUAAAAAAUAAAAAUAGAGGGAAAAAAGAAAAUGAACAAAGAACAAGUAUUGGUCGUAAAAACCGAAAAAUAAAUUUAACAUCUCGAAAAAUACCAACAAAUUUUAAAACUGUUGGUUCAGACACUUCAACGCCAAACACUUCUCGUAUAUCACAGAGCAGCCUCAGUGACGACCCGUUUAAAGCUCCUGAAGGUGAUUCCUUCGGGUUUGACAGUUUUGAGCCGAUAUAUUCUGACAAAACACCUUUAGCUAACAUUGACUUUGGCUCUCCAAUUGAAUGCCAGCGAAAAAGUGAUGAAAUGCCAGCAAAAAAAACAAUAAAAAAAGUUACUCUAAAAAAACUUUUUUGUCAAGAAAAAUCCAAAUGCAUAUCAGCCACAGGACAAAACAUACCGGAAGAACCAUUAUUUACGAGAAGAAAAUCUGUCCGGACCGUCCCAUUAAAACGAAAAAGUCCUGUAACUUCUAAGAACAACUUUAAUUCGGAAACCUUCUCUGGUGAUAACAUGGAAAAUAGACCACCUGUCCUGCAACAAACCAGGCGCAAAAGGGAUCCCGAAAUUAAAAAUCCUACCAUCGACAAACAAACUAAAAAUGUAAAGAAAAAGAAGAGGGAAAUGGAAAAGAAAAACGAAAAAGAGAGGGAAAAGAAACUACCCUACAUCCCUGAACUAGACUGGGAGGGAAUUAAUAACCAUCAACUCGUAAUUGAGUACGUUAAGAAUUGACUUCAUUUGCUUAAUCAAUAUUACCUUUUUUGUUGCUGCACAGUUUUAAUCAGUAAUCACUCCAUUAAAUUGCAUUUUUGUUUAAAAUCUCAGUGCUUUAUUGUAUGUACUGUGGUGUUUUUUAUGAGAUAUCUUAUUGUGAUAUUAUGUGACAAUCACUUAAAACUAUUUGUACACCUUUUUGUUUAAUCAUAUUAUAGUGCAGUGGUUCUUCUACUAUGGUGACCUGUGUGUGCUUGGACAUUGAACGUGUGUAUUGUUAAUAGUUUCAAUGUAAACCACUACCAAUGUAGAGUAUUAUGAGGAGAUAUGUCCCUUUAAAGUUCUCACAGUAUAACUAGGUUAUUUGAAUGAGUUUCUUAAAUUACGAUUUGUUAAUUUAAUGAAGAUACUUUCUUUUUCCUUUAAUGCUGGUCAGCUAAUGUAACGAUAAAAGAAGUAAAAUGCUGGAACCGGAGAU